GUCGCGGACCUCCCGCUGCUCGCCGCCAUCGGGUUCUGCAACAUCUCCGCGCGCCGCAUUCUGGACGCGGGGGUCACUGUCCAGGACGAGCGUGCGGACCAAUACUGGGCGAACUCGAUCAGCUUCGCUGUGUCCGGCGCCCUCGUCUCGCCUGGCGGCGGCGCCCUGAGCCCGGUCGCGGCGGGCAGCGGGGCUUCGCGCAUGGUCGGCGACGCGCGCGACUACGCGUCUGUGGACGCCGCGCUGCCCCAGGUCGCGAUGGACGCGAUCGGGUCGCUCAUGAACAUCGAUCUCGGCGAGACCCUGGGCGCGGCGGUGCUCGGCCACUCCGCCGCGCAGCUGGAGGCCAAUGGGCAUCGCUUCCUGUC